UGCGCUACUUUAGAUCACGAAGACAUGCCGCCUGGGUAUUUUUCAAAUUGGCGAUUCGCACUGUUCGUGUCACGACUUCACCCGGGCAUCGCUGAUUUUGAUGGAUGCUUGCACGUGCCCUCGAUGGCUUUGCUCCCCUCACCGGACAGGCUCCUCUGACUUAUGCUUGCACAAGACGAGGAUGGCGGAUUCCAGAUUACUGUGUGUACCAAUGUCCGAUCUGUAUUGGUACACAGCAUGUUUGGCGUAUUCAGAGCCAACGCACAGACUCUGGGCGAAUCCUGGACCCGACACAAAACAGCAAUGAGUUCCAACAUUCCAAGGUUAUGGCCAUUGCUUGUCAUUGUUUAGGCACUAGCCAGUGUAUGAAACCUUCAGAUUUCUCGGUAUUCGGCCCCGAGGAUAGAGAAAGACGUUCCCCCGUGCUUCUUCUGAUGUCAAAGCUCUCAGGCCAUGUCCAGCAUGUGACUCUGGAUCAACACCGCCCUGUUGAGGUUAGAUCUCGCAAAAACCAAAAAGAGGAGGGUCGCGAUCGAUAAGCCUGAUCGGCGGCAUGGGUGCGCAAAAGCUGGGGCGCAAAUCAGAUCAGGUGGAAAUGCCCCCAACAGCACGCCCGCCCGCACCAACGCACGCACUUGUCUCCGGCCGUCUGCCACGCUAGCCAGGGCCACGAAACCAUAGCCCGCUCCCAAAAAUAGGCCGAAGCUC